AUGGAAGACCAAUGCCUGUCCAUAUUAAAGGCCUUGGGUGCCUUUGACUACGCUGCUGCCAACAAACUCAUCCUCAAAGCCAGCAGGAUCUACCAGCCUCUAGGCAGCAUCUUCACCAAGCUAUUCAGCUGCGAAGCCUCAUUCACUCAACUGCAAUUUUUGCGUUCAAGAUGGUUUGUGAUGCGAAAAGACACCUCUUUGGAGGUUGUUUAUGCAAACAUUGCCAGCGAAUUGCCCAAAGAGAUACUCAACAUUGUGUCUGCAACAACUCUCUCGAAUCAGGACAAGAACAGUACCAUUGUCAUCAUGGAUGCCUUGACGAAAUUCUGCCACAUUAGACGCGAUAUGAUCAACUUGUAUCAGUUGAUUCUCGCCCAGUCCAUCAAAGGAGAAUUUGAUGAGAUCCUAGUCGAAAUGGAGUCCAUACAAAAGAAGACCAUGGAGCUGAAUCUUCAAAAAGAUCUUGCCCUGCUUGGACUCGGCGUGGAAAAGGAAGUGAGCAUUUUGACGUGCCUCAUUAGAGCCAGGACAGCCAUCACCAAUUACGCCUUCCAAGAUGCUUGCAUUGCUCUGUAUCAAACAAAACAAGACUUGACUGACUGGAAACGACUCUGCCAAGAACAAGAUUACCCCGAGAAAUCAUCUAGCAGACCAGAUGAGAUCAAGGAAACAUCAACAUGGCGAUUUCCUUUAUUUGGAGGGGGGCAAUCAGAGUCUAAAAUACACCAUAAACAAGGAGAUGUUUGGCCAAACACAAUUCGAUGGCAUGCAAGAGUACUUGGAAAUCUAACUGCAAAAAUGACAUUGUUCUUCAAUACCAUAUUAUUAGAAAAAGAAAGUGUUGUGAGUGAUGAGAAUCCUGAGAAAUCGCUGUGGAAGGGACUGACGAUUGAUUACUAUGAGCAGAUAUGUACGUUUAAAAAGAAAUUCGGUGCUCACAGCGUCAGUUUGGUGUAUGAAGUAACAGCAGAUACACCGUUUUAUCCACAGGGAUACGUGUGUCCAGGUACAACUUACGAGGCACCGCAAGGCAUACAUUCAUUUCCAUUCAUCUACUGUCACCCAAAGGAACCACCCAACAAGCAUCUUCCCAACAUCAUCUCCAUCAUCCAAGGCAGCAAGCACAAGCUGAACGAUCCCAAGACUGGCCCUAUUUACUUUUUCGACAGCACCAUUGGCAGCACAUACUAUCUAAUGCGUAUCGACAAACAUGCAGUGAUGGUGAUUAUAUAUCUAGAUAAACAUGCGCAUCGAGAACCAGCGACUAUGGAAUUCCUGACAAAUAUAGUCACCUCAUUAAGAGGGAGCACUGUCAUUGAAGAAUUGAUCAGAAUAGAUUGA